AUGCGAGCUGGAACGUUCCGGCUGUUCUCGUCGCAAGCGUCCCGCCCCCCGACCCCUCCCCUCCGGCGUCUCAGCACGCUGCGCAACAACCUCCCCGCCGCCCGAAACACCACCACCAAGAACAACAAAAACAACAAUCUCACGAUGGUCGCCACCCCCGAGACCAUCGAGGCCAUGACGCCUCCCGGCUACAACUUCCCGGAACACCGCCUCCGCCUGCAGCAGUCCGAACCCGACCGCGAGCCCCUUGUACUCGUCGCCCCGGGCUCCUACAGCCCCAUCACCUUCCUCCACCUGCGCAUGGCCGUCAUGGCCGCCGACUACGUCCGCUACAACACAAACUUCGAGCUCAUCGGCUCUUACCUGUCCCCCGUCUCCGACGCCUACAAGAAGCGCGGCUUGGCCCCCGCUUGCCACCGCCGCCGCAUGUGCGAGAUCGCCGCCGAGCAAACCUCGCGCUUCCUCAUGGUCGAUCCCUGGGAGGCCGAGCAGACGGCUUACGUGCCCACCGCCGUCGUCCUCGACCACUUUGAGCACGAGAUCAACGUCAAGCGUGGCGGCUGCAACGGCAAGCGCGUCCGCAUCGCCGUUCUCGCUGGCGCCGACCUCAUCAAUACCAUGAGCCAGCCCGGUGUCUGGUCCCCCUCCGACCUGCGCCACAUCCUCGGCGACUUUGGCGCCUUUGUGCUCGAGAGGGCCGGCGUCAAUAUUGACGAGGCCCUCGGCAACCUCAAGGAGUACGAGGACCAGAUCUACUACAUCCCGCAGGUCGUCCCCAACGACGUGUCGAGUACCAAGAUCCGGCUGUUACUGAGGAGGAAUAUGAGCAUCGACUACCUCAUCCCCGCUGAGGUCAUCAAGUACAUUGAAGAGCACGGCCUGUAUCACGAAGACGACGCCGCGACAAACGACAAGGGAAAGGAGAAGGAGGUGCAAUAG